AGGAUGAUACGUGCAGGAAAUCACCGAAAUCCGGCAGUAGCGUGACGCAGGACUGCAAAUUCAUGGCUCCAUAUUAAAUUUGAGAGAAUUUUUGGAGAUUUCAAACUGGUUAUUACUUGAGAAAACCAACUGUAUUAUCAAAAUGGAUCAGCAUAAAAGGACGUCAUAUAUUUACCGGUUGCAAGUUGGCACAUUCCACUGUCAAUGUUAAUAGUGAUAAGGUAAUUAUAUUAGUACUUAUCACAGUCUUGAAUACAAUAGUCACUAGUCAUUGUUUUGUUGGAGUUUUCUUAAAGCAGCCAGCUUUACACCCACACACAAGAAUUGUAAUUGUAUUUAAGAUUAUCAAGAUAAGAUAUAGGAUAUUAAAAGAAAAUUUGUUUCUGCGCUAUUGUGAAAAUGGAACUGCACCUUUUCUGAAAAAUUCAAGUGAUAAUAAUCUUUUUGCUCUGACCAAACGUUUUCUUGCAUUAUUUAUUGAGUUCACUCAAAAAACAAACUGAAUUAAAUUAGUGGCUGUUUAUAUUUUGGAGGGUAAAUUAUAUAGUUUUGUCUUCGAUAAUGACAGCUGAAAACAGUCAUUCUAAAGUUCGUAGCUUACUAAGUUAUGCACAGUCAUUGGAUGAGCAUGACAUUGAAGCAGAUUGUGUAGGAUUUCAGCGAUCACAUAGCCUCUCAGGUGUUCAGGGUACAGACCUUUUUGAUGGUGUAGAUGAUGUGGAUGCAGGUUUAACAUCAUUACAUAGUGUUGAUGGAAUCGCUGUAAUUACUUCAGGAGCUACAGCUAGUGUUUCAAACCCAUGCCCCAAUGAAGGAAAAAACAGACAUCAUGGCACUGAACGCAAUUUAUCUUCUGAAGUUGAUCGUUUAGCAACAUUUAAGAAAUGGCCACAUUCAUCUCCAAUGAAUCCAAGCACUCUCGCAAGAGCUGGAUUCUUCUACACUGGUUCUGAUGACAUGGUGAAGUGCUUCUCUUGUAAUGGUAAAAUCAAGGAUUGGGAGUUUGGUGAUUCAGCAGUUGGAGAGCAUAAACGAUUCUUUCCGAAGUGCAAGUUUAUUCAAGGAAAAGACCAUCAGAAUCAACCAAUGUUGCAGAACAAGGCAUCAUCAUUACAAACUGUGCCUGUGGCAAAAGGCCAGUCAUCAAAAGAAGAUGAUAUUUUUAACCCAAAGAAGGAUGCAUUAACAAUUGAUAAAACAAAAAUUCCAGAUAAAUUAAAAAGUGAAUAUCGGCGUCUGCUCACAUUUCAAAACUGGCCACGCACAAACCCAAUGCAACCUCGUGCAUUGGCUAAAGCUGGUUUCUACUAUACUCAGACAAGAGAUAUAGUAAAAUGCUUUGCUUGUACUGGAGAAAUAUCAAAUUGGAAAGUAAUGGAUGUUCCUAUGACUCAACACACCAUGCUCUUUCCAGAGUGCCCUUUUGUUCAAGGUGAGGAUGUUGGCAAUGAGAAACUGACCACUACAGAUGUUAUGAAUGCCCAGCAUGCAGUUGUUUAUCGGGAACCUUCAACCAAACUGCCACCAACGAAAACUGAAUCAAAGAAUAAGAGUCAGGUAUCACAAACAGCUAAAGUGACCGAUCAGUGGGCAUCCCUUCAAAGUCAGAGUGCAAGGAGACCACUGACUAGAGCUCAGCACCCUCAGUUUGGGAAUGAAGCAGAAAGACUGAAGACGUUCACAUAUUGGCCAAGCAGUGCACCUGAGGCACCACCACUUGCAAAAGCUGGGUUUUUCCAUACAGGAGAAAAUGACAAUGUAAAAUGUUUUUACUGCAAUGGAGGACUAAGAAACUGGGAACCUUGUGAUGAUCCAUGGACAGAACAUGCCAAGUGGUUUCCAAAAUGUGAUUGGUUGCUUCAGCAACGUGGAGAACCUUUCGUUCAAUAUGUCAUCGCCAAUUUCCCUGUACCAAAUCAGAACCUGCCUUUACAGCCACCUGCACCACCUAUACCAAGCCCAGGAUUUGAUACCGUUCAAGGUACAGCUCGGCCAUCUGUUAACCUUGAUGCUCAACCUCCACCAUCAGCAACCAACCAAACAGAUAUCCAAAAAAGGAUGGAUUCACGAAUUGUCAAUUUUGUUGUUGAAAUGGGUUUUCCUCAGCGAAAAAUAAAGAGAAUUAUUGAGAGACAACUAAGCAGAAAAGAGGAUGAAUUUAAUACCAUUCAGAGUCUUGUUGACAGCGUACUUGCUGAGCCAGAUGAGCCUGAAGAUUACGAAGAAGAAGAACCAGUUGAAAAUGCUACUGGUAGCAGUGAUCUUAAAAGUAAAAAGACAGAGGAUGAUGAUGAAGAAUCAAAAGCUGCAGCUAAGACUAAGAUGCUUGAAUCAUCAAAUACAAUGAACGAAAAAUUUGCAAAUUUGAAUGUAGGUGGGGCUACACCGCAACCGAAAUCCUCAGCCACUUCAACAUUAGAAGAUGAAGCAUCACUUCCAGCUUCAAUCCAAGAUGAGCUAAGAGUACUUCGUGACAAGAGGACUUGCAAGAUCUGUAUGGACAACGAAAUCAAUGUAUUGUUUACACCAUGUGGGCAUUUGGUGGCCUGUGAACAGUGUGCACGCUCAAUACAAAUAUGUCCGAUUUGCAGAAUGCCUAUAAAAACUUGCAUCAAAACAUACCUGUCUUAAGGUUACUUUUUAAUUAAGGUAUUAUCAAUUUACACCAAGACUGCUGUUUAAAAGUUGUAAUUUAGGUUGUAAUUAAGAUAAUUGUGAAGGGUGCAAUUUUUGUCAAAUCUGCUUCAAGAUUAGGCGUAGGUGUAUUGGUUAAACAAUACUCAUUAUUGUGAGAGCUCUUUUUUAUGUAGGAAACAAUAGAAACAUUUAGGUAAAAGGACUAAAAAGUUUAUGUUGGGUUUAUGAUGUUUUGAAUAUCUUAAUUCAUAAAACAAAACCAUAAAAACUAUAAAAAAAUCAUAAAACCAAACCAUAAAAACUAAAAAAAGAACUCUUUGUAUAUGAUACUUCACUAGCAGAAUUACUAAUUAGAACUUGCUCGUCUAUGUUAUUAUUUUUUUUGUGGGGGGAAGGGGGUGGGGUAGUAUUUUUAAUUUCUAGUUUUCCAUGGAUUGAACAGUAUUGUUGCCAUAUAUACUGAAGAAGCAGCUGAUCAUUUGGAACCCUCAAUCUGGUGUAUUGGUAAUUUUUUUCAGCAAAUUUGUACAACUGUUAAAAACUGAAACUGUUGUAGGAAAGAGAACAAUGGUAUUCAUGAUAAAAUCUUAAUGAAGUGUAGCUUACCAGAAAUGCAUGGGUACAAAUACCCAUUGCUUACAUACAAAAGCUACAUUAAGAAUUAAAAGAUUUUUUUCUUAAUUAAUAAAUUAUUUUAUUGUUAUUAUGUUAUUUUGAAUAAUUAUUGUUAGUAUUAAAGAAUUAGUACACAUUUGCACAUUUGUAACUUAGUACAAAGGAGAUAGUGUGGUUAUGUAUAGUAAUACCAAGUACUGAUGCAGUCUCCACUGAUAAAUGUAGUUAAGGAGAUACUGUACAUAAUAGUUGCAGGUACUGUGCUGUUGCAUCCUAAAAAUUAAGAUUGUUUUCUAAAUCAACUUUAGGUCUUUAUCUUAGUCAAGUAUAUUGUCACCUUAAGAUGGUUUUUUUUUUAUUUUAUUUUUUUUUUUGCAUGUUUUUGUGGUAUAUAUCUGUCUGUAGGCCUAUUGCUAUUAAUUUUUACUGUAAGCAGCCCUGUGAGAUUUUUGUACCUGUCGUUGUAUGGUAUACAUUUUUUGGUGAGAUAAAUUAUAAAGUAUUUGCAGCACAGGUAAUAAUAUGUUUUAAUGAGGUUAAUAUAAUUUAAAGAACUAGUUAGCUUGUUUUCCAUGUUGUGUUGCAGUAGUACUUUUGUGUAUUUGCAUCUUACAGUUAUAGUGUUUAGUGUGUAAGUGCCUGGGUGUUGUAAAAACAAGUUGAAGUUUGUGCACUGUAUCUGAUUAAAAUUAAUAAAUGUAUUUUUAAAAAUUUAAUAUAAUGUAGUAGUUAUGUCUUGUGUUGCAUAAGAAAAAAUGCUUGCACUUUGUAUAUUAUUUGGUAAUUUUGAUAAUUUAUCAAAAUGUGCUUGGUAAGGUGCAAUGUGCCAAAUGUAACACAUAUUGUGAUUUAAUAUAUUUUCAAAUUUGUUGAUACUGUACAGUAUUUCCUUGUAAUUUUAACUACAGUAUUUACACACUUAUGUAGUGAUGUAACCCCACUGCAACCAUUUUCCCUUCAAUUGUUUGCAACAAUAAGUUCUAGUAUUAAUUGAUUGUGUGAGCAUUAGCAUGUUUUCACUAAACUAUACUUUGAAUUUAAUAAUAAUCAACAUUUCAUGUCCAUCAUUAUUAUUAAGUGCUGUUAAUUGUAUUAUGACUGUAGUGCACUAUAUACAGUAAUAUUAAAUAUCAGGACCAGGAUAGUGGAGUUGAAUAAAAAUAGAAGAAUAUAACCAUUUUGUGAAUAAAGAUUGUAUCUCUGUG